GCAGAGGGAGAAACCUAUGGGACAAACGGACGAGCCCUAUCUGUGAAUGUAAACACAGCGAUGUCGGAUUCUCCAGAUGCCCGCAGCCUCCUCUCUGCUUCUUCACAGCUCAACCUGAUGGAGGUGGACGCGAUCGAUGAUAAGGAGUUUGACAUUCCCCAAGUGGACACACCUCCCACACUGGAGAGCAUCCUUAAUGAGCUGGAGGAUGAGGAGGAACCAUUUGUGUUGGAGGACACCUGCUUGCUAAACACAGACAACAUGGAUGCUCACUCCUGUGACACCUCCUCUCUGGCCAGCUCUGACAGUGGAGACCCAGCUCACCUCAAACGACGGAGAAGGACCGUGGAUCUGAAUGCAACUGUUCAUGGGUCUGUUCUUCGACACAGUCUCCUGAAGGGCAUCUCUGCACAGAUCGUCUCUGCUGCUGACAAAGUGGAUGCCGGACUGCCAACUGCUAUAACAGUAUCGGGUGUGAUUGCUGUAGGAACAUCUCAUGGUCUGGCUCUGGUCUUCGGAAAAGAUACCAAUCAGGCUCUGCGCCUCUGUCUGGGUACCAAGGCAACUGGAGCAGAGUUUGGUGCUGUCUCUGCCCUCAGUAUCAACCAUGACUGCUCACGCCUUCUCUGCGGAUUCGCCAAAGGACAGAUUACAAUGUGGGAUCUAGCAAGUGGGAAGCUCCUGAGAACAAUCACUGAUGCCCAUCCUCCAGGGACAGCUAUACUGCAUGUGAAGUUCACAGAUGAUCCAACUCUUGCAGUGUGUAAUGACAGUGGUGGAUCCGUUUUUGAGCUUGCUUUCAGGAGGGUGAUGGGGAUGCGGUCCUGUGACUCGCGGUGUCUGUUUAGUGGUUCUAAAGGGGAGGUCUGCUGCAUUGAACCGUUGCACGCUCCUCCAGACUUCAGAGACCAUCCCAUCACACACUACUCUCUGCUGGCCAUGGCCUCUCUCACAAAGAUUCUGGUUAUUGGACUGAAGCCCUCGCUCAAAGUGUGGAUGACUUUUCCCUACAGCAAGUCUGAUCCAUCCAGUGUCCCUCAGCUGGCGUGGCAGUUUGUUCCUGUUCAGAAGACAGUCAACCCGAUUCUGGCUUUUUGUAAAGGAGACACAGUCCACUUCCUCCUGGUAUCUGCUCAACUCCCUCUUAACUUUAAUAUAGUAAAAUUGAGACAAAUCUCUGUUUGCUGCAUGACCCGUUCUCCUCCUGUCUCCAUGUCUCUGCAGUGGAUUAACAGUCGUACGCUCGUCCUGGUAGACAGCCAUGAAAAGCUGCAGGUUGUGGACCGGCCCAGUCAGGAGGUUUUGGAGACACUGGACUUGGAGCAGGUGCAACUGGUCUACAACAGCCGCCAUUUCAAGUCGCUGGCAACUGGAGGGAAUGUCUCCCAGGCUCUGGCUCUAGUCGGAGAAAAGGCCUGCUACCAGUCAGUCUCCAGCUAUGCAGGACAGAUUAUCUAUUUGGGCACCAAGUCCGCUCACAUUAUGACUCUAAGAAAUUGGAGAGAGCGAAUCGACUGCCUGUUGAAACAGGAGCAUUUUGUUGAGGCUCUCUCUCUGGCCUGGUCCUUCCAUGAAGGAACUGCUAAAGCUGUGGUUGGUUUGUUUGGAGAUCCAGUGAAAAGGAAGGGAGUGGUAGCUGACAAGAUGGUCGAGAUCCUUUUCCAGUUUGCAGAUCAUGCUCUGAAGAAGUGUCCGGAACAAGGCAAGAUCCAAGUGAUGGAGCAACAUUUCCACGAUGUGAUUCCAGUCCUGGUGGAACACUGCCUGCUGCUAAAGAGGCCGGACCUGCUGUUCAACCAGCUGUAUGCUCGGCUGGUGGAGAACACGGUUGCUAAGGGAGUCUUUCUGGAGUCACUGGAGUCAUACAUUGUUGGGGAUCGCCUCGGUCACCUCACCACGCCCAUCAUGAAGGACCUCUUGGCCCAUUACCAUGGUAACGGUAUGAUGGACAGCCUGGAGAGAUGCAUUGUUCACCUGGAUGUGACCAGCCUGGACAUACAGCAGGUGGUUCAAGUGUGCUGGGAAAACCAACUCUAUGAUGCUCUGAUCUAUGUUUACAACAGCGGAAUGAAUGACUACAUUACACCUAUGGAGAAACUUUUUGCAAUGAUUGGUCCACCACUUAAAGCUGGGAGAAGCCUGACAGAUGAGGAAGUGGUGAUGGGAAACAAACUUCUGGUGUACAUAAGCUGCUGUCUUGCAGGAAGGGCAUAUCCACUAGGAGACAUCCCUGAAGACCUUGUGGUUCAAGUCAAGAACCAGGUGUUUGAGUUCCUUAUCCGUCUACAUUCAGCUGACUCAUUAGAGGAAGAGGAGGUUUUCCCAUUUAUUCGAACUCUCCUCCACUUUGACACCCGGGAGUUCCUCAAUGUCCUCGCCAUGACAUUUGAAGACUUUAAGAAUGAUAAGCAGGCCCUGGAGUACCAGCAGAGGAUAGUGGACAUCUUACUACAGGUGAUGGUGGACAACCCAGACUUUACUCCAUCCCAGGUGGGCGGGCUCUUCACUUUUCUGGCACGCCAGUUGGCUAAGCCAGACAACACGCUUUUUGUGAACAGGAAGCUCUUUGAUCAGGUUCUGGAGUUCCUGUGUUGCCCAGACGAUGAUUCCCGACACACUGAGAGGCAGCAGGUUCUGCUGGAGCUUCUCCAGGUCGGGGGUGUUGUCCAGUUUAAUGAAGGAAGGCUGUUGGCCCUGGCAGAGAAGGCCAAGUUCUACCAAAUCUGUGAAUUUCUGUAUGAGAAGAAACAUCUGUACGACAAGAUCAUUGACUGCUACCUGAGAGACCCCCUCAGAAAGGGGGAGAUCUUCAGCUACAUUCACAAUCUGCUGUCCAUGCCUGGCUACAGCCCAGAGGAGAAACAAGCAGUCAAGGCCAAAGUACUGCAACACAUACAGGAGCUGGUGGCCCUUGACCCCAUCAAGUCAGCUGAACUAGUGCUGUUUCACUUUGCCCAAGAGGUGCAGCAAAUCAUCUCUGAGCUUCAGGAUGACCAGCUACUUUUCAAGUUUCUCAGCUGCCUCCUGGAGCCACGGGAAGGUCAUCACUCAGGAGUCGUCCUGCCUCUGGAACGUGACCUCCAUGAGCUUCUGCUGGACUUACUGUGCCGCUUUGCCCCCGAACAGCUCCUGAGCUUCCUGCAGACCUCCCAGCACUACAGACUGGAGGAGGCCAUACAUGUAACAGAGAAGUACCACCACAAUGAGGCUACAGCCUAUCUACUGGAGAAGAAGGGAGAUGUUCAUGGAGCUUUCGCUGUCUUGUUAGAGACACUGAAGGAAAAUCUGAACCUCCUUACUGCUGAGUGUGACAGAGGAGCUGAUGAAGGAGAUGGAGGACAGGAAGAAGAGGAGAGAGACAGUGAAAUAACGCUGACAAGAGUAAAGAAUUCACUGAACGACAUCACUGAUCUCUGUCACCGAAGCUCUGACAACCUCUACCAGCAACAAAGAGAGGUUCUGUGGUUUCCACUUCUGGAGACCAUGAUGGCUUCUCAAAAACUAGUAAAGGGUCUGAAUGCCGACCACACAUUUGAAGUGCUCAAGGAGCUGACCAUGAAGGUGCUCAACUCGAUGAGCAGCUUUAUUUCUCUGCCUGCCAUCAUCCAACGAAUACUGCAGGACCCAGUCUACGGGAAAGGAAAGCUCGCAGAGAUCCAAGGUCUCAUUCUGGGUAUGCUGGACACUUUUAACUAUGAACAGACUUUACUUGAAACAACCACCAGCCUGUUGAACCAUGACCUCCACUGGUCCCUGGCUCACCUUCGCGCUGCUGUCACAAGGGGACUCCACCCACGACAAGACCACUGUAACAUCUGUCUCCAGCAGUACAAGAGAAGGCAGGACUCAGCUGAGGAGAUCAUUGUGUUCAGCUGUGGCCACCUGUACCACCUCCAGUGCCUGCAACAGAAGGACUCUGGGUGGGGCCCUUCCUCAGAGCUACAACAGCGAUGGAUCUGUUACAAGUGUUCCUCCAGCCAAGGAGGAAGGGGGGGGUCUACUACUGAACAAAAACGUGGCCGCAGCACGUCCCUGGCACAGACUCGUGUUACAUCAAUGCAUCAUGACGCAGGUGCAGAGGCUCACAGGAAGAAGGUGUUUGUUGAAGCAACGUUGGACCUUCAGCAGGAACAGUCCUGGGAUCAGCUUCGCUGUUUGUACCGAGGACCAUCCAGGUUGUCCAUCCUUUCAGAACUCUCUCACUGCCACAGCAGUGAGAAGACAGGCCUUCUAAUCUCAGCCCAACCAGGAACAGAGAAUUUCCAGCUCAAACUCUCUCCUCCACCUCUAUUGGAAGAGUAGCGCCAUGACUAGUUGUGGAUAGAUGUUGUCUUCAUUUGCGUAGACUUGAGUCAAGUGGGACUGGUUUGAUAUGAUGUCAUUCAAAAUGUUAAUCUCAAAACAAACAGUUUGAUAUUGAUGAUAAUUAGUCACUUUGAUUAUUCUACUGAAUGUAGCUUUAAUUUCAUCCAUUGUUUCUGUACUACAGCUGGCUGAACCAUACUGCUCUGAUUUGCAUGUUGAGACUGGGAUGUCAGAGGUUGGAAUCUAACAUAAACUGCAAAGAAUAUUGUGACAUUUUAUUUUGACAAAGGGAAAUGAUGCUGUUUGCAGUAAAAGGACCCAAAAUACUUUGGACUCUCUUCUUUCAGGAUGGUAAUAUGAAACGCACUUUUUUAAUGUAAAAGUUGUAGUCUGGUGAUGUCACAAUUAUCCUGACCGCUUCUAAUGGAUAAAUGACCUUUGUUGACUAAAUCUAAAAACGAACUUAUUCAAACUGAUAAAUGAAUUUUCAAAAGAUUUAUCUUUUGUUUGAUGUGUGUGGUGCAUGCGGCAGAAUUUUAAAUCUGGGAUUGGAUGUUUCUUACUGAAAUGCACCUUGGGAGUUGUGGUUAACCCUGGACACCUAGCAUUACUCCUCCCAUUUCUGUCUCUAUUGUCUGUGUAUUUCCUCACUAAAAUAUGCUGCGUGACCUCAAAAGCUGAAAUACUUCACUCUUCCUUUCUCUCUUCUCACCUGUGUUACCAGUGUAGACACACCCAGUUCUCGUUCUUCUCUCCACAUUUUUUCUCUGCCUUACCUGUCAACAUUAUUUCCUGCGUACCCUCAUCCUCACAUUCUGGUUUAAAGCCAGAAGUACAUGGAGAUUCUUCAGAAAUAAGACACAAUUGAUGGCUGUCGUGGAUCAUGAGAAGGCAAUAACCAAUGAUGUUCACGUGAAUGAGUUAAUCAGAGUUAUACUGUGAUUUGGUUAGAAAAUCUGAAUGGGAGAAGGUGACAGAAGGUGGGGAAGUUCAUUGCAAAGUACGUUUGUACUUAAUGUUGUUCAUGAUGUUGAAAACUUGUACUUAAAACAAAUGUGUGUCUACUCUCCUGUCUCUUUGCUCUUGAAAAUUAUUAAAAUUGACCUAAUUUUUUUUGGA